AUGGGCCGCCAACCAAACCUCUACUCCUUCUCCGACUCUGAGCUGGCUCCCAAUCUUCGCAAAUACGUCCUUGAUGCACAGAACGAAGCCUUCAAGCGCCACGAUGUCUUUCGCGUCGCCAUCUCCGGCGGCUCCCUACCAAAAACACUUGCUAACGCUCUCCUCGCGCCUUCCAGUGGCGGCGACGACGACACAGUCGACUUCAGCAAGUGGGAGAUCUUCUACGCGGACGAAAGAUGUGUACCGCUCACGCACGAGGACUCGAACCAUAAGCUAGUGCAGGAAGAGCUGCUGAACAAGAUUCCGAAAGGUAUGGCGCAGCCCAAGGUCUUCACGAUCGAUGAGAAGCACAUGGAAGAUGCGCAGGAGAUGGCGGACGAGUACGAGAAGCAGUUGGUGUCGGUCUUUGCUGCUCGCGACUCUGUCAAACUGCCAUUAUUCGAUCUACUUCUGCUGGGCUGUGGACCUGACGGUCACACCUGCUCGCUUUUCCCAGACCAUCCUCUGCUUAGGGAGUCGGAUGCAUGGGUCCUCUCCAUCGCCGACUCGCCAAAGCCACCACCCAAGCGCAUCACGCUCAGUCUGCCGGUCGUGAUACACGGCGCGAAGAUUGGCUUCGUAGCGACGGGAGGUGGGAAGAAGGAAAUUUUGAAGAAGAUCUUUGAGACGGAAGAGGGUAGUAAACUUCCUUGUGGGUUGGUGAAUGAGGGUGCAGGGGAGAAAGUCAGCUGGUUCUGCGACCAGGCUGCCACAGAGGGCGUCUCUUUCCCACGCCGAGGCAGUGUCAUUUAA